AUGGAAGAGCCAAUUGACGCCAAUGACGACGGUAGUGCCUCGCCUCAAGCUGAUGCCGACCAUGCGGAGCAUGCACGCCCAAGGAAGAGGACAAGACGGGCUUGCGAUAAGUGCAGCUCGUCCAGGACCCGCUUCCUUGCAGACGUUGUCAAGGUAGGAUUUUCCCACCAAGUCUAUCGCAUAUCGACCCAUAAUUGCAAAUUGGAGUUCUGUUGCUUCUUUCUGAUGUUUCCGGCAUUGGCAUUAACCCGUCGUCUCUUUGGGGCCACAGACUAUGGAUACACCUGCCGCUAUAAUCGAGAGAUUAAGAAGAGAGGGCGUAUCCCGACCUCGUUAGCUGCCUCUACUCAGCCUGAGACGCCGGCCCAGUCAAGGUCCCAGGACGGUCACUCACCUGUAUCAACCGUCGCAUCCCCGGAUACCACCCUAGCUCCAGCACAGUAUCAACGUCCUCCACCUCCUCAGGACAGCGUCUCGAUCGUGAGCCGUGCCCAAACACGUCAUGAGAGCCUAAGUUCGCCCCCUCCCGGACUUCACCAGCAGCCUCCAUCCUUAUCUGCUUCUGCAGCGGCGCCGUAUCUUACCUCGCAGGGUUUCGUUGCUCCCCACAUUCACCUCCAGGUUUCCUCCCUCCUCGAUCCUUCUGCAGAGUCCCGCAUGCUGUCCAACUCGCAUGGGAGCCCACCUGCAGUCCCUGCGGUCUCCGGGUCCGACUCCAGCGUGGGAUAUCCAUCGCCUGCCAAUGGCGUGAUGGGGCAACAGUCGACCGCUAACCCCCAUGCUCGCGACUCGUUCGAGGCUCCGACAGCCAACGGUCAUGACCGUGGAUCAUUUAGCACCACGGCUGGACCCGAGGGCUCAUUGCCAGAGCUGCAACGGAUGAACUCGUUGUACAAGGCACCGUCAUCGGAUUGUCGAUACCGGCUUCUCGACCCCGUUCUCCCAUAUCUGGGAGAUAUUAUCCCGGCCUCUGUUGCUGCCGACCUGCUCGAUGUCUACCUCACCGAACCAGGUAGCUCGUUGUUCCGUUGCGCGUCCCCUUAUAUCCUUACCCGUAUCUUCCGCAAGAAAUCUGUUCUUCAUCCUACCCAUCCCCGCCCGACCACACCAGCACUCUUGGCGACGAUGCUUUGGUGCGCAGCACAGACAGCCGACAUUGUUUUAUUGCAUGUUCCCGGCUCUCGGUCGAGGAUCACGAAUGCCCUGUACAACCUCGCAACGUACCUGAUAUCCGAAAGGGAUCCGGAUAGGUGGCGGAGAAUCCAUGGUGGCCUGCGAGUGGAGAACGAGCAGACACAUCCCAACUUCCCCGUCUCGUCUUCCCUACCAACCGUCACAGAGACGAACGAACCCGCUGGAGUUGUUGACGAUGUCCUGACUUUCAUCCUCCUAUCCAUUGCCGUUUCGGGGGGAGACUUCAAGUCGGAUUGUUAUAAAUGGUGGAACAAGGCGAUUAGGCUUGCCCUGUCGCUGAAGCUUAACAGAGAGGACGAGCAGUGUUCCGGAUCCGUGUCUCCGUGUGCCAACCCUCUGUGCUCUUGUCACAGGGACCACGAGGGCGAGUCUCCGGCCAAUACCGAAGCUAGAGAGGAGCGCCGCCGUGUCUUCUGGCUGUUGUAUUGCCUGGACAGGCAUCUCAGCCUGUCUUUCAACACUGUACUUGAUAUGCCCGACUCGUAUUGCGAAGUAUACGCCCCGCUGCCUGAAUCGAUCUGGGAGAACCUCGACACCAUCCCACCAAGAGACUGGCCCCGCCGGACGAUUGGGCCGCCAACCACGAUCACCGGAACCGGGUUCUUCGAGUAUUUCUUACCGCUGAUGGCAAUAAUGGGCGAUAUUAUUGAAGUCCACCACAGGAGACAGCAUCCUCGGCUAGGUGGUCUCGACGACACCCAGGCAGUGGGGGUAAUAAGUGAGCUCCUUGCAAACUGUGAGCGGAGCAUCGACGAGCUUUCUCGAGAAAUUGAUGUGGCGGGUUAUGCGUCGUUGGCCACAUCAGGGCCCAGCAUCAAAGACCUGGUCACUGGCAUACCCUUGCAUACGAACCCGAUGCCUCCAACCCCGAGACGGAUGAGAGACCAGUCCCGCAUGCAGCUGGUCGCAGCCUACAGCACGCAUAUUCUGCACGUUCUCCACGUUCUCCUCCACGGCAAGUGGGACGCAAUCUCCAUGCUGGAUGACGACGACGACUGGAUCACUUCGACCCGCUUCAACGACUGCGCAUCGCAUGCCAUUGCCGCCUCCCAGGCCGUCUCGCAGAUCCUCAAGUUCGACCCCGAGCUCACCUUUAUGCCAUAUCUGUUCGGGAUUUACCUUCUCCACGGCAGCUUCAUCCUCCUCCUCUUCGCCGAUCGCAUGCCCCAGCUGGGGCCGAAUCAGUCUGUCGAGCAGGCUUGCGAGACCAUCAUAAGAGCACACGAGGUGUGCGUGGUGACUCUGAGCACCGAGUUUCAGAAAAACUUCCGCAAGGUGCUCCGCUCGACGUUGUAUAGCGUCCGAGGGUCGAGUCCGACCGAAUGGGAAGAGCAUAGGGCCAGGCGUCGAGCGCUUUCGCUGUACCGCUGGACGAAAGGCGCGAAGGGUUUGGGGCUUUGA